AUGAAGAGACCCCUUAUACUCCUGUUUGCUGUGACUCUGGCUGGAGUUAGUGUAUCCAGUGCGGCUCCAAGGCUCUGGGGAGACACUAUUACUGAAUUUGCUGUGGAUCUGCACCAGGCAAUACGUUCAGUUAACACCGAAGAGAACAUUAUUUUUUCCCCACUUGGUGCUACUUUGAUUCUAGGAAUGAUAAAACUGGGAGCGAGAGGAGCAACAUCUCAACAAAUAAAGGAAGUUCUAAAACUGCAGGGAAAUCAAGAAAGUGAGGAGUUUUCGGAGCUCCAAAAGCUGGUUUCUGUCAUUUCAGAAGAAAAUAAAGAAUUUGCAUUUAAUCUCGCAAAUGCCCUCUACCUUCAAGAAGGCUUCCACGUGAAGGAGCAGUAUCUCCAUAGCAACAGGGAUUUUUUCAAGAGUGAAAUAAAGCUGGUGAAUUUCCAAGAUUUGAAAGCAUCUGCCAAAAUAAUAAGUGCAUGGGUAGAAAGACAAACAAAUGGUAAAAUCAAACACAUGUUUUCAAGUGGAGAUUUUGAACCACUGUCAAAACUUGUUUUGGUCAACGCUGUUUAUUUCAGAGGAGAAUGGAAACACAAGUUUAGCCCAGAUGCCACUCAUCCACAAGACUUCAAAGUAAAGAAAGGCAAUGUAACCAAGAUACCAAUGAUGCACCUCCAAACAGCAACAAACAUCGAUAUUUUUUCUGAGAAUGAUUUGGAAUACCAGGUAUUGGAACUUCCAUAUAAAGGAGACAAGAUCAGCUUAGUAUUAGCUCUCCCAGCAGAAAAUGUGGAAAUAGAGGCUCUUGAAAAAACGUUGACAAAACCAGUACUAAGAGAAUGGAAGACUAAGAUGACACAGGAGACAGUGGAAAUUAGCUUGCCUAGGUUUAAAAUAGAACAGAAAGUAGACUUAAAGCAUGCUCUGCUGAAUUUAAAAGUGACCAAUCUGUUCGACCAGAACUGCGAUCUUUCAGGAAUAACAGGUGACAUAUAA